AAUUUGAUUCGCUGGGGCGGACUGGAUCAAGAGGAGUGCCCCCCUCCCCAACCCUUUUAACACAGCAAAUAUUACAUCAUUAUUCAAACCAUACUGCACUGGUCUUUCUUAUUUAUUGUAAGUWCAGUUGCGCAUAAUUUUUGUUUACAUUUUGAAGUGUUUUCGGCAUUUCCUCAUUUGCGAUACUCCAGAGGUGCGCGCAAGUGGGUUCCAGAAUCCCUCUUCCUUGGCAGUCAAAGUCUUUUUGAAAUGCACACACCCCUACAAYCCCCUUACAAACUUCUGGAUCCGCCCAUGUAUUUUUUUCUAUCGAUGAUUUUCAUAUCUUAUCCACGUUAUCAUUUGGACAGAGCAUUUUUUGGAAUUUUUGUUUUCGUAUUCUUGCGUUGCUAUAUAUGGCUAAGCUGCUUGUGUGAAAACCCAUUUUGAUGUGUUCUUAUGCGUAUGUAUAAGAAGAAGCAUAAGGGUCAAAUAGAUGCUGACAAUACCUAUCACUUGGAAUUGCAUUUGAGUUGAUCGCUCGCACGCAAAGCCGUGCAGGUACAAACAUGUCCCCUGACCACCCCCCACGAAGUGUCCGAGAGAUUGAGCUUUCUUGUAGUACACAUACGCCGAAUUUGUAGGCUUAACUAAUUACUUAGCUUAACAAAUCAAGACAAAGAAAAACGUGUGCUUGAAUAUUCAAGAAACGAAGGGAUUUGWGCCAUGGAUGUUUUGGGUUUGGCUUUGAAUUAUCCAGAGACUAUURACAACAUAAUUAUCGCAUUCAAAAUGCGUCUGUUUACGGAGCGUCUGUCGAUGUUUGCGGUUCUUGCUUUGUGUAUCUAAAAGCAAGGUCUCAAAAACAUCUGAAAUCUUAUUGUCCCGCUCAAUUAUGCAGUAAUCAUUUAAUAAGCGAGUCCCCAGGGAGUCCRUCCAGCUGAUACUACGUCACUUCCGCUAGGAAAAACGGCCCGUGGCUGCCCCUUGAGUGUCCGUUCAGUCAACUCACAAACAUGGCGGAUAAGAAAGACAAGAAAACUCUUAGCGGGGUUAUCAGUGAUGAAUGUACCUGUCCCGUAUGUCUAGAAGAUUUCCUGGAGCCUAAAACAUUGCCAAGCUGUGCUCAUAAUGUUUGCAGGAAAUGUCUGGAAAAACUUGUUGCUGACGAUUCGGCAGARAUUCGUUGYCCUGUUUGUAGGAAAGAAUCUACCGUUCCUGACAAAGGAGUUAGUGGUUUUCCCACAAAUUGUUUGAUUGUAAAGCUCUUAGAGGCCACCCCGGGAAGAGUAGAGAGGAUUGAACUUAGAAGAUGUAUAGAAACCACGAAAGAUGAAUUGAAUACAGUUGAAAGGGACUUGAGAAAGCUUGCAAAUCAAAAACAGGAGAGACUUGAACGCUGCAAUGAAAUCAAACACGAAAUAUCAAGUUGUGCUACGAAUCUCGUGAAGUUAAUCAGGAAACAAGAGAAAGAAUUAURCGAUAAAAUGGAUGACUUAAUCGUUAAGGACAUGGAGAUUUUGAGUUAUGACAAGAGAAGGGAGGAAUGUGAUGAUGUUCGUAAACAGCUGCGUGAUUUUAUUACCAAAUCYGAAGCAAUCCUAAAGAGUUCGGACAUUAACAAAAUGGUACAGAUGAAAGAGAAACUCGUAGAAGAAAGCAAAACUGUUACAAGGAAAGCAAAAGAAAUCUACACAGAAGAGCCACAUUCCAUUAUUCUUCUUGCUCGAUUUGAACAAUUAUUGAAUUUCGACAAGGGAUUUGGCAGAAUCAAAACCGGCACUGAAGUUGACCCAGAAGUCAGGGACAGUUUUUCAAAACAUAAUGGAACCAAUAGUCUGCCAACUCUGUCAUCAUUAGAUUUAUCUCUGCCCGUUUUUCAAWCCGCGUAUGUYAUACGAACUGUUGUUGGAAGUAAUUUAGGGUUAGAUUCAAUAUCCCCAGUCGCCAUCGCUGCGAACAGCUCUACGGAUGAUAUUGCAGUUGCAGAACCUGAUAAUAAUCGAAUUCUGGUGCUCAAUCAACGAGGAGGACUCAAGAGAAGGAUAGCUUCAGGGUCAUUGCAAUAUUCUGGGGUGGCCUUCACUAGGGAUGGAGARAUUAUAGCAGUAUAUAGCUCRAAGGAGCUUCUCUACAUAGAUCCAAACACAGGGAAAAUAUCUGGAAAUUUUAARACCACAGAUCAUGGYGUAAAACACAGAUCAGUUACUUGUGAUCAAUCUGGAAGACUKAUAGUUACUAGUGAGCCGUCGUCAAUGUUCUACAAGUCGGCAGUGUGUAUUUAUGGCACGGCGAAUAACAUCAAUGCUAAGAGAGCGGUGUUGAAAUUCACAUGUUAUGGCAGUGGGCUGACAUCAGCACCAUUUAAAGCAUUGUAUCACAGAGGUGAAUACUUUGUUUCUGACACUGCCAAAGAGUGCAUUGUUGUGUAUAAUGAACAUGGGAACUUUGUGCGKCAGUUUGGUGCAUGGGGGUCAAUGCUGCGGCGAGGAAAUGGUAGGGGAAGGAAUGAGUUUGGUGAGUUAACUUCACCGACUGGUAUAGCACUUGAUCCUAGUGGGGAAAAUCUCCUUAUUUGUGAUGUCAGCACAAAGAGCAUUCAGAUGUACACAACUGGUGGUCAGUUUAUCAGCAAGUUUGCUCUUGAGGGUCGACCAAGCGAUAUCUGUGUGCUUAGUGAUGGYACUAUAGUUGUUUGCUCCAAGACGGACAACUGGAUUAAGUUUAUAUCACUGACAGGCCCUGAUGAUAGCUAAAUCAAACCAAUCUUCCUAAGAAAACACACUUAACUAAAAACCCACAUUUAUAAAAACAUAUUUAUAGACCUCCCUGUCUGAAUAUUUCCCCCACAUAACUGCACCCAUUUCAGAUAUUCAAAGAUCUUGGGAUUUAAGAUAUUAGCAGCUUGAGGAAACUAGCCAUUAGUCAUCCCCAGGCAAAGCACUCUUCAAUUCUAUUCCAAUGUGUAAAAUGAAAUAUUAUUUAUAGAUUCCUUUAUAUGCAUGUUUAAUAAUAUUAUACAUUUUUCUGUAUUUCCAAGUGAUAAUUUGAUGUUCAAAGUUUAUUAUAAUACCUUGUUAUACUACAAUAGAAAGAUAGUUCUUUUUCAUGAGAAUGCCUUUAAUGAAAGUUUACCUAAUUCUACAAACAUGCUAACUCUACAUAAUAACAAUAGCUAUCCACCUAACAGAAGAGAUAUCAAUAAUAUUAUCAAAGUUUUCAGUGUCUGUAACAAGGCAAUAGUCUGCACAAAUAUCUUUGACAUACAAGCACUGUGGUUGAAUGGAUUGACUUUAAUACAUGGUCAUUAUAAUGACAGCUCRUGACAUCUAUCAUCUCGAUCCUUUUGAACUUUCUGAAACCAUUCUUGUUGUCUAUAUAUAGAACCUGUAACUUUAAGCUUCAAUGUUGGGUGCCACUUUUCCAYGCUGUCAAACUUAAAAAACACAUUUAGUUUCCGAAAAUUUUGAAUUCAUGUUUACUUGGAUCUUCAAAGAAAAUGAUUUUUUUUUGUUGUAAAAUAUUCUUUGAUCMUGUUUCAGAAAUUUAUAAGUACACUUUCUAUGACAUUUUGACUUCAAAUUGAGCCUUUGUAACUUUCAGAACAAUCCAGGGUUUUCUAUAAAAUUUGAAAACUUAAAAGUUAAAGAAACUUCAGAGAUUAUUUCAUUAUGAUUUAAAUUAUAAAUGACACAAUUUGGUGAAAGACUUUUGUAAAUUGUUAUUAUUGGUAUACAACAUAAACAAAAAGUCAAAAAUACUUUUAUUUUAUAGUAAUGYGAUAUCUUGUUUGCAGCUAAUAAUCAACCCAUGACGCAUGGCAUAAAUCUAGAUUUUUAUUUGUCUUGAAUKUUUAAGAUUUUUUGACAUUUGUUCCCUGGAGAUCACACAUGGYUGACAAAUAGUUUGCUGAGUGCUUGAAUAGAYAGAUAAUKAAAUCWUMUAUURUUAUGCAAAUCUUUGAGAUCUCUGUUYAUAAGAGGGCCAAACAAACACAUUYGUAAAUUGGUUUUGGUCAAAUUUGCUCAAACCUUUUGUUAGGCUGGUUUUACUASAGACUGUACAUAAAAAAUUGUGAAAAUCCAAUCAUUAAUACAAUUUUCUGAUCUAUUUUAUGGUUAUUUUAAUAGUUUUGACUAAAUUAAGUUACAAUACUGUACUUUUCUAUUACUGUCUCAACAAUUAUUAUUUCAUCAAGAUAUUUGUAAUGUUUUUAGAGAAACAAAGCCUUGUUGCCAUUUAUUUGUAUAUUAUUUUAAUUGAUUUUUGCUAGUUCUUGUCAAGAUGACCCAAAGCAUGCAUCAAURUUAUUAAUAUAUUCAGCCAUUAAUCAUUUUCAGUCCAAAAGAAAAGGUUAAUUUAACUUUACAACUAUUACAGCAAUACAACACAGCUAAACAACUUAACACAUCAACAAUGUUAAYCUUCUAUAACUUAUUUAAAAAAUAUMUAUAUAAUUAAAUGAGAUUUGAUUCAUUGGUUAUUGAAGUUUUUGUGUAUAUAGCUUACAUUUAGUUUGUUGAAUUAUUUACUUCCAAAACCGGACAAAUACUUUUAAUUAUUUAUGAGUAUUCUARGACCUGCUAGUCCAAAUUUAAUGUCUUUUCAAAGAUAUAAACMGGGAACUUCUUUUUUAUAUGCAUAUCAAUGGGGAUUUAUGUAGCUAUUGCUUAUUAUYAUACUUUUGUAAAAUAUGUAAAAAUGAAAUGACAAGAAAGAAAGCUAUUUGUAUUAAAUGCAAA